AUGCAUGCUCUAAGCUCUCUUCUCCUGCUAGGCGGCUAUGCUGCACAGGCUGUCUUUGGACGACCGGAUCCUGAAGCAUCUCGCAUCAGGCGCGAGAAUGACUUGCAGAAGAGAGACGUCGAUAGCUUUUUAGCUACCGAGGAACCCAUCGCAUACGCUCAAAUUCUUUGCAAUUUGGGCCCAAGCGGAUGUCACGCCUCUGGUGUCGGCUCCGGACUUGUGCUUGCGUCUCCCUCCAAGUCUGACCCUGACUACUACUACCACUGGACACGUGAUGCCGCAUUGACGUUCAAGGCGCUCGUUGACAGAUUCGUUGCAAACUACGAUGCGAACCUGCAGACUCAGAUUACCAACUACAUCACUGGACAGGCUCGUCUUCAGACAGUCUCUAACCCGUCUGGCUCGUUAUCUGAUGGCACCGGUUUGGGUGAGCCGAAGUAUAACACAGACUUCAGCGCCUACACCGGGGCUUGGGGACGUCCUCAAAGAGACGGACCAGCCCUCCGCGCAACUGCAUUGAUCACAUAUGGCAAAUGGUUGGUUGCCAACGGCUAUACAUCCACAGCCAGCAGCGUUGUCUGGCCCAUCAUCCGCAAUGAUCUUCACUAUGUGGCACAAUACUGGAACCAGACUGGUUUCGACCUGUGGGAGGAAGUCCAAGGCAGUUCCUUUUUCACCAUUGCUGCCCAGCACAGAGCGCUGGUUGAAGGCAGCAACUUUGCCGCCACUGUGGGCGACUCCUGCUCUUACUGUGACUCCAUUGCACCGCAAAUCCUCUGUUUCCAGCAAUCCUUCUGGACUGCCAGUGGUUUUGUCAACUCCAACAUCAAUAACAACUACGGCAGAUCAGGAAAAGAUGCCAAUUCCGUCCUCACUUCCAUUUCUGGCUUUGACGCAAGCCUAGGCUGUGAUGCGAACUCCUUCCAGCCUUGCAGUGAUAGAGCCUUGUCUAACCACAAGAUCUUUGUCGAUGCGUUCCGUUCGAUCUACAGUAUCAACUCUGGAAAGGGAGCUGGCACUGCCGCUGCUUGCGGACGUUACCCCGAGGAUACUUACUACAAUGGCAACCCCUGGUACUUGAACACCCUUGCCGCGGCUGAGCAGCUAUAUGAUGCUUUGUACGUGUGGAAGCAACAGGGCUCCAUCACAGUCACAUCCACCUCUCUCAACUUCUUCAAGGAUCUCUCAUCCUCGGUUACCGCUGGCACUUAUGCAUCUAGCUCAAGCACUUACACCACCCUUUACAACGCCGUAUCCACUUAUGCCGACGGCUUUGUAAACAACGUCGCCACCUACGCUGCCAGCAAUGGAUCUCUAUCAGAGCAGUAUAGCCGAAGCAACGGAACCCCACUCUCCGCUCGAGACCUAACCUGGUCUUAUGCCGCUCUUCUUACUGCCGCUGAACGCCGUGCUGGCGUCAUUCCGGGUAGCUGGGCUGGCGGAAACAAACUCGCUACAUCGGUUCCUAGCUCAUGCUAUGCCACCUCAAUCGGUGGAAGCUACUCUGCCGCUACGCCAGCCACAUUCCCUGCCAGCCAGACCCCGAGCGGUGGUUCUGGCACUACAACGACUCAGGCCACCACUACCGCAACAACCUCGGCGUCGACAACUACUACUACUGCCUGCGCCACACAGUCCACUAUUGCUGUCACCUUCGCUGUUAAGAAGACAACCGUCUAUGGUGACACCGUCAAAGUCGUAGGCAGUAUCUCUGCUCUUGGAAGCUGGGCGCCGGCCUCUGCAAUUGCUUUGUCGGCCUCCGCGUACACAUCUUCCAACCCCUUGUGGCAAGGCACCGUUAAUCUGGCCGCCGGGCAGACCAUUUCGUAUAAGUACAUUGUUGUCAGCAGCAGUGGCACUGUUACCUGGGAGUCAGACCCGAACCGCAGCUUGACCAUCACAGCGAGUUGUUCUGGCACAUUAACACAAUCUGACACAUGGCGAUGA